AUGGCCGCUGGCGACCGUGAUUUACCUUUCAUUCCAAUACUUUCGAAUAUUGCGUCGUCAUCAAACUCGCAUUCGACUCGCAGUGGCCGAUCGCGCCGUCAUCCUUCAUCCAAUGACGAUCGCGAAGCCAGGGAAAUCAGCCAACUGUUGCUAAAAUUUACUGAACAAAUCCAGGUGGAAAAGCGACGCGCUGAUGAAGCGGAGAGGAAGACCAGAGAAGUCACUGAGCAUCUGAGGAGGGUGAAUGACGCAAGACUCCGAGCGUUGCAAGAGGCCCAGAAGGCGAAUGAGGAACUAAAGCUGUAUAAAACUCAGCUCCUAUUGGCGCAGAGGGAAGUAAACCGUGCUCAAGAUGUCCUACAGGUUGUGGACAGACAAAGACACCAAGCGGAGAAAGAAGCAGCAAAGACCAGAUCGAGAUUCCGCCAAUUAAAUGAGGAUAUGCUUGUCCAUCAGGCGCGAGAGGAAGGUCGACGGAUGGGAAUUCAAGAGGGCCUAGCAAGAGGAAGGGAUCUGGUUUUUCAGGAAAACCGGGCAUUGAACUCAUUCGCAGAGGAUGACAGUCAAGAUAUAGAAGAUAUAGACGAAGACUACGAUCUGGAUUCCAUUGACCAAAGCCACUCAUCGGUUUCCGACACUGCUGACGACGACGUUGACUUUCAGUCACGUCCGCCCUCUACUUUUGAACAUAUUCGACCAUCCACUCCUCCUCCUCUGCCAAUCCCUAUGCCACGACAAGAGCCCAUUCCAGUUCCACCAAGCAUCGUUCGCUCGUCACCUCCUAGGCCCCUGGAAAUUGUCCCACCGGUGAGUGUCCGUGGAGUGACUCCAUCCCCUCGGCGACCAAACGUGCCCAUUCCGCCGGACAACUUUAUACCUCAUCUCGACCAAGAUAACAUUCUUCGUAUGCCACCCCCGUUUGAAUUCCAAAGGGCCGCAACGCCUGAGCGGCCACAGACUCCCUCUGUUACGGGCCGCGAUAGCGACGAACCCCUCAUGGUCCCAGGCCCUCGCGCAAUCAGUUCUCAGAACAGACAUUACCCCCGACCAUCCUCUCCUGAAUCAAACUCGACGACGAUUUCACAAUUUGAGAUGGUGAACGAACCGUUUCUUUCUGCGCUAAGGACGCCCAUGAGCGUUAUUCCUGAAGUCCAGAGUGAUCAAUCGAGUCCAACUCCUCAGAUGAAUGGCCAUCGCGAUCUUCGCCAUCAACACUCAUCGGGCUCUCAUGCCAGCUAUCAAGUACAUCCUACUGCAAACCUUGCCAACAGAGACCGGUCGAAACGAGGUACGCACAGUCGACGUCCUUCAAACGGAAGUCUUUCUGCCCCCCUGCAAGCAAUGCCACCUUCGACCUAUCAGCGUCAUAAAAGUAGCUCCUCGUCUGGGAGUCUGGCUAGCAUAGACAUAGCCAUCCAACCCCCAUCGCGUCCUCUCUCCCACAUAUCGCAAGAUCGCAAUUCAUCACGACGGCUUCGCCCUCCGAAUUCCCCUGAAUUUACAAUGGGACCUUCAAGUACUGCCACCGCCACUAACCAGGAAGCCAUGCCAGGAGGCUACUCAUCGUAUGUCAAGUCACAAGAAUCUGGCGGUCCGCCACCAGUCAUUCCUGACCCAAAAUUAUAUGGACCUGACACUGAUGACGACGCUGUAUCGUCUGCGCAGAGCUAUGACACACUGACAACGCCACCACCCUCUAAUGGGCGGAAUGAAUCCGCGUGGAAUGCUGGUUUGGCCUUAUCCGGACAAGUCCCUCUGUUUUCUUCGUCUGUCACAAGUAAGGGUGCUCCAGUGGGGAAGACUCGAAAGUCGCGAACAUAG